AUGAGCCAUGUGGUGACUAUCGAGGAGCCCCAGGCAAACCUGCAGGUGUCUCAGACCCGGGGCGGGGUGAGGUCGAGGGCCUGGGGCAACGUCUCUACCAGUCGACAGUAUGAUUUUCUGUACGAUCCAUUGUUUAUUGUGUCGAGUGAGAAAGACCAUACACAGGCAACUAUCCAAGCUAAUCUGAUUCGAAACAGACUGAGAAAAGUUCCCAGGUUUAGAACCAUGUUCAGUAACCUGAUCCAUUAUCCAAGAUAUUCUCUGUAUUGGAGCAAGGCAGACCCUGUCCCACCAUUCAUCCGCCGGGAAUGGAAAGGACAGGAGGAGAAACACACAGAAGCCCUCAGGCAGCUUACCACAACUGGUGAGUCUUUUCAGAUGACUAAAGAGGCUUAUGAAGAUCCUGAAGUUACUGGAAGGAAUCGCUACAAAUAUUUUGAAAGACCUUUCCUUCCAUUUCAACAGAUGCCAUUCAACGUUGUUUUUGCAGCAACCAAGACAGAGGCAUAUAUUUUCCCUCCUACUCCUGCUAAGUACCCUCCUGUACCUUCAAAGUAUACCGUGGGUACUCAGACUGAUUAUCGGGAUGCUGAAGUUCAGACUGAUCCGUAUUCUCCAGAAUAUGUAGUAUGUCAGGAUUCAAUCCCUGAGCUCUUGACCCUGGCUACUCUUACGUGGGGUCGAGGUCUCCCGGCAGGACAAGCUGAGGUUGAGAUGAUAGAACGUGCCCGGGAGAAGCGUGCUUGGGAAGCCACUCUUCCAAGUCUGAGUGACUCCUUCCAGUUUGAGAAGAGGAGGAGGAUGAUGAAUGUGAUGGAGAGGAAGGAGUGGGCCUUCAGAGAGCAGGAGAUUGAAAAACUUCAGGAGAUUCGCCUGGAAAUUCUAAAAGAGCUGCUGAGAAAACGUGAUGAGAAUCAGAACGAAGUGAACAUGAAGCACCUGAAUGCCCGGUGGUCUCAACUGCAGGAAGCAAAGGAGGCAAAAUUGGCACGGAUUCAGCACACACACGUCUCAGCAAUCAGAAAACUUGUGGGAAAAAGAAAGAAUAUAGAAGGAAAGUUGGAGAGAAGAAAUAUCAUCAGGGAUUAUUGUGAUUAUGCAUCACAGGUCUAUGGACCUCUGUCUCGUCUUGGUCGUUUCCCUGACAACAAUUCAGAGGACUUUGUAGUAAAAAACCACUAUCUCAACACCUAUGAAGGAUUAGUUGAACUUGAGUCACGUCUCCCAGAUUUUGUGACACAACCCCGAAUCAGACCGCCAAAGCCAAAAGUCACUACAACGAAAGCUGGUUUUCUCAAGAGGGCAGCAAGGAUGGACCAUGAGUUGGCAGAGGUUCAUAAGGCAAUACUGGAUAAGAAGAAUAGAGUUCUUGAACCAAAGAAAGUUUUGCGCUUUCUUCAAAGAAAGGCUCUACCUCAACCUCGGCUUCCAACUCCAACCUUGGAAAUGAGUUCCAAUGAAGAAGAAGAUAUAGAGAUGGCUGUGAUCUACCUUCAAAAGUUACUCCGGGGAAGAGCCGUUCAGAACAUGAUGUUUGAAGGGAAGGAAAAGCGGCUGGAGUUGAUCCAGGAGCUGCGCACCAGCCACGCACUACAAGAGGACGACAGGCUGCUGAAGAAAGCCGAGAAGCAAGUGACGCUGGCCUUGCAGCGGCAGAGGAACUUGCAUGAGCACAAGGUCUCACUGGUCGAAAACCAUUUGGCUGGACUGGAAGGAAGGGUGCUGGCAGACAUGUUUGACUUCCUGUCCAAAGAGCUGGUGAGACUACAGGAAGAGCGGAGGAUCCAUGCUUUUGCCAUGCUGGCUGAGCGGCAGCGGAGGAUGCGAGAAGCUGAAGAGAGUGGUCGGCGCCAAGUCGAGCAAAGGCGCCUGCGGGAGGAGGACCAGAUAUUUAAGGAGGUGAUUAAAGUUCACCAAAGUACUGUAACUUCCUAUCUGGAAGACAUAAUACUGAACACCGAAGAGAACACUGCAGAAGAACAAGCCAGGGCAGAAAUUGAGAAGAUGGCUAAGGAAAUCAAUGACAUUGCUUAUGAAAUGGAGAGCCGUCGAACUCAGCUUCAGUCAGAGGAGAUUGUUGCUGAGUUGGUUUAUAGUUUCCUGAUCCCAGAAGUGCAAAAGGACUAUGUCAAAGAAAAAGUGAGGAACGCCCAGCGGAAGCACAUCCUUGCAGCCCAUCAGAUCAUCCACAGCCACACGGAGGACAUGGUCAACAAGGAUUUUGUGGAGCAACAGCAAGAUGAGGCGGUCUCAGACACAGACGAGUUACCCGAGGGAGAAACUCAAAAAUAAGAAUCGCAGCUCAGAUUAUCUCUUUUAAAAGAAGCUGUACAGAUCAUCAUAUGGAAUUCCAGUAACCUGUGCUUCUCCCAAGACGUGCAGCUCUUAUGGACUUGUCAAUGUGUAAUUCAUGAGGAAAGAUCUUUCUUCUCCCUAAACUUCCAAUAAUUUAAAAUUAUUUUCAGUAAUUAUAAUCAAAUGAAGGAGUUU